CAUCUCCAAAAACCACUUCUACCACCUCACACAAAGGAAAGCACUCCCGACAUGGCUUAAAGAAUGAAAGACAACCAAAAAAAACUCAAAGACCAUUGAAAGCGAGAAUUCGACAAUCACAGAAAAACCCCUUUAUACCUUUUCGCAACACCCUCCUCGUUCAUUUCUUCCCGGUCCUCCAUCAUUUGAUUUUCCAAUUGUCUUCAUCUGGCACAACAACAACGCAAAAAAACAUCGCAACCCUCAGAAGGGAGAGAGAGAAACCCCACUCGAGCAUCUAGUCGUCAUCGACGACCCCUCUUCACCAUGGCAUCCGUAUCCCAGCUACAAGCCAAGAUCCGAAGCCUCGAGGAAGAAAAUACCAAUCUCAAGGCCACAACACUCACCGGAAACGCUCUCCAGGAACGCCUCCAGCGACUCGAGGAAGAAAAUGCCGCCCUCAAGGCCCAAUAUCCCACCAAGGAGUUCCGUCCGGGGAACAGCCCUCCCGAGGCACUGCGACACUCCAUCGAAGCGAGUCUCGACGAGGCCGCUUCGCAACACAGCAAUCUCCUCGCGGAACUCCGGGGGUCGAUCGCGUCCAAGUAUAGGGAGACGCUGACCUACUUCGUCGAGGAACUUCAGAAGAGCUUCACUUCGGCUGUCAAUAGUCAGAAGGAGCUGGUGGACUGGGAACGGAAACGAGCUGCCUGGCACCGGACGCGUGCGCAGCAGUUGAGACGUGGGCGUGAUACUUACCGAGCGGAGGUUUAUGAGAUAACCAUUGGAGAAUAUGGAGACAACGUGGAUCGUAAUACCGUUGACCUCGUUGAACACAUGAACCGCCGAUUGGACGCUUGUCUCGAACGUUUGAAGCUGGGAAUGGUGCCGUUCGAUAUUGAUGAUUAUCAAGAUAUGGAUGAGGUUGUGGCUGAUAACACAUCCAGCAUACCGAGUUACAACCGGUCAAAUGGCCUAGAUUAUCACAUCGAGAAAGUGGAAGAGGCCUUGGACAUCAUGGAACUUCAAAGCAUCGAGACCCGAGAGAAGGACAAGAUGAUCAAACAAGUCCAGGAGAAAAACGCCAAGUUGAAGCAGCAGCUCAACACGGAGAAACUGAUCAGGAAGAAUCCCUUGUAUCUCGCUUCGAAGCUCGAUCGCGAUCUGGUUGACCAAUUCAUCGAUAAGUUCAAAGACGAUGAUUAUGAAGUCACCGACGAAGAUGCAGCACAGCUCUUCGACUACUGCAAGGACCUAGCUCUGCGGUUGAAUCAAGCCAAUAGUAAAUCCAAGCUGCGAAAGGACAAGAUUUAUAGCUUGGAGAUGGAGCGUCAACAACUUAAAGAAACGCGCAGGGAACUCCAGAGAGCCCUUGACGCGGCCAAAGCCGAAGCUCUCGAAGCGAGCAACAAACUUCAGGUCCAACGCCAGACGGGCCUCAACCAACCCAGGAACAUGACUCCGGAGUCACUAUACGAAGAGAAUCCAUAUGCGGAGGAGGUUGCCAAAUACAAAGACCAGACGAUCAAAAAGUUGAGAAUUGACCUGGCCAGAGUCAGGUUACGGGUGGAGCAAAUGCUGAGCGAUGGUCUUAUUGACAUGGAGCAUUUGAAAGACGCCAACGAAAAACUCGCAGCCUUGGGUGUCACGGAUGGCGGCGAAUCAACAGAAGAGAAACGCAAGCGAAUAUCGACCGAUCGCAAUUAUGUAACGAGGGCAGAGCUGACAGAGGCCAAUGUGGCAUUGGAAAAAGCGUUGCUUGACCAAGCAACCAUUAUUGAUGAAAGAGAUGCUGCCAACGAGAGACUUCGGGAUCUAGGGCUCGAAAUCAAAAAUUGGGAAGAAGGCCUCUAUACGUCAAAGUCCGACGACAAAAGCAGGAAGGAACUAGAAAAAGCCCUUAGCCGAGCCAAUAAGAAGAUCGCUGCGCUAGACAAGAGAUCCGCAUCAACUAAUAACAGCGAUACACUAAAAGGACAAGUAGCCGACCUUCAACAACGCAGACUAGCGGAUGCCGAGAAAAAGCUGAAGGACUGUGAAGAGAGGGGCGCAGCAGUUAAGAAAGCAGCUGAUAACAUGCAAAUGUAUAACGCCGAAGACAGGAAACGACUACAGAAACAAAUCGAAGUUUGGAAACGGGCAUUGAAAGAUUGUGAAGAACGCGACAAGUAUACGGGAGACGAAGAGUUGUUUGAGGAACUCGAAAGAUAUCGCGAAACGUGUAAAAAGAUGGUUACCGCUGCCUACGAGCGAGCCCAGAAACCUGAUGGGAAUGAAGACUUCAAAACCCGAUUUGAGGAAUUCCGCAAUGGAAUGGAGGAAGAGAAAGUUCUAUCUGACAAUCUCAUUAAAAGAAUGCUUGCCUCAGCAGGCGAGAGAUUCCAACAACUUAGAGAAGCGAAGGCUGAACGGGAUUCUCUGCGCGCUCGGGUCAAGGACCUCAAAGAGAAGUUGAGAGAUUGUGAAAGACGCAAGAGUCGCACAAAGUCCAAGUCUGGGGAUGACAUUCUUGACGAUUUGAAAGAUGAAUUGGCCACUACCAGAAAGCAGUUGAAGGAUCUCCUCGAAGACCGCCAGGGAUCCUACGUUGAUUCGGCUGAGGUGGAUAAGCUGAAGGAGGAAAUCAAGAGGCUCACUGACGAACUCGAAGAGAAGACGGAGGAUCACAAGAUUGCCGAGGAUGAAGGAAUGGACUGUUAUAAGAGGCUCGUGGUCGUCGAUCAACAGUUUGAUGAACUCAAAGAGAUGUACACGAAACUGGGAGCGCAAACGGAUCGAGAUAUCGCGAAAGCUCAAGGCGAUAUUGAUAAAGCCUUCGCAGCACGCAGGGCGGCCGAAGCCGAACUCCGAGAAGUCAAAAAGGCCCUGACCAGCGGCGGGUCCGAGUCGAGUCCUGGCAGGUCUGAGAAGCUACAGGACAUCAUUGACUCGCUCCAAGAGGAUAUCAAUCUCUAUGAGGAUAGAGUGGACCAACUGAACAGAGAAGUCGAGGAGCUGCAGGCCAAGAACAAAACGCUCCGGGAGGAACGAACCACCUUCAGGAAGGCCCUCAAGGAGGAACCCAAGGAGUUGAAGGAGGCCGAGAAGAAAGUCACGCAGGCGCUCGAGGAAUCCAAGAAAAUCAUCCUCGGCCUGGAAGCCGAUUACCAAAAUGAACAGAAGGUGACGGCCCGACUGAGGAAGGAGCGCAGUCAAUUACAAGACGUGCAGGCGAAACUGGAUGCCGAAAAGGCCCGGGCCGACCGACUCCGAGAGGAGCUCGAGCAAUGCCGACAAGAACGCGACGAGGCGCCCGAAGUGGCCGAACUCGAGUUCCAUCUCGAUCGUCUCGAGACCCAUCGCAACGACAUGCGAGACCUGAUUAUGGGCCGUUUGGGCGAAGAGGUGACGCUCCUGAUGGAGCAGGUCGCCGCCGCGGCUGACAAGACGACUUCCGAGGUGGAUGAUGUGGCCAUCGAGGGAGGGGACGCGCCUAAUAACAUUCCUGAUGAAGAGGACGAGGAUUUUGAAACACGCAACCACUUAUACGAUCAUUUGGCGAGGAUCAAGCAAAUCGGCGUCGAGUUUGACAAGCUCGUUGGCGCAGCUGGAGGGAUCAAGAUCAAGGAAUCAGGCGACAGCAACCAAAGUGCACAGUGGUUGGAAACCAUUACUCUCUUAGAAGCCGAGUGGCAAAAGAAAUGCGACAAGGAGAAGAAAGAUCUCAGAAAUAGAUUGGCCGCUUCGGAGAAAGGUAAUUCUUCACCAUUCAUUCCAUCACACACAAACUUGACUUGACGAAUGAGAUACUAACAUCCAUCGAGAAAUAGCAAAACUCUUGAAAGGCGGCACAAAAGAAACAAAACAAGGGGGAAAAGAGCCGUCACGCCGCUCCACGAGGGCUUCAGCAGCAAGGUCCUCGAAAAGGAAAGCCUCGGAUUCCCCAUCUAAGCCAUCUACGAACAAGAAGAGGAAGUCCAACCCCUGA